CCAUAUCCUAAACUAUUUUUCAAGUCCCGAGACAUAGAAGGCACAAUAUUCAAAAACCAACUCCCCCUUAUCUUCCUCCAAUUCAUAAACAUGAUCUUCAUUGUUGCGUCACCUUUACGCACAUAAAGCCAUGCAUGUUGCACCGUUUACACAUGGUGUGGUAUUGGCAUAGGUAUAGCCCCAUGACGAUAACGCCCUGCGUGCAUAUCCCCUCUUGCUUUUCUUCUUCUUCUUCUGUUUUCCUCGAUUGAUAUAUAAAUAUAUUCCUCCAGCAAGUUAAAUUUACUUAUUAGAAGAUUGAAGAGAUACCCCGGCCCACUAGGUAGAAUCUCUAAAGAAAUUAACCAAAAAUGAUGCGCCUAACAUACGAUAAUAAUUACCCUGCAGCUGUAAGCAAGAAGAAGAGUACCUGUAAUGGUGCAGCACUGGCGUAUGAUGUUCCUCAAGGAGUGGAAAUUCGGGGACGAUACGAUGAAGAAUUCGCCAACAAUAUUCUUACGAAGGAGGCCUUGCAGUUCGUGGCAGAGUUGCAGAGGGAAUUCAGGAAUCAUGUCAAGUAUGCUAUGGAGUGUAGGAAGGAAGCAAAAAGGAGGUACAAUGAGGGGGCAGUGCCCGGGUUUGACCCGGCUACAAGGUUUAUCAGGGAGGCUGACUGGGUGUGUGCUGCUGUCCCACCUGCCGUUGCUGAUAGGAAGGUCGAGAUUACUGGUCCUGUGGAGCGCAAGAUGAUUAUUAACGCACUCAACUCUGGAGCCAAAGUUUUUAUGGCUGAUUUUGAAGAUGCACUUUCCCCUAGUUGGGACAACCUUAUGAGAGGACAAGUUAAUCUGAAGGAAGCUGUAGAUGGAAGUAUAAGCUUCCAUGACAAGGCCAGAAACAGGGUUUACAAGCUGAAUGACCAAACUGCUAAGCUUUUUGUCCGUCCAAGAGGUUGGCAUCUACCCGAGGCUCAUAUAGUGAUUGAUGGUGAACCUGCAAUCGGUUGCUUUGUGGACUUUGGCCUUUAUUUUUACCACAGCUAUGCUACUUUCCGUGGGACACAGGGUCAAGGCUUUGGUCCUUUCUUCUAUCUUCCCAAGAUGGAGCAUUCAAGGGAAGCUAAAAUAUGGAACAGUGUGUUUGAGAGGGCAGAGAAGAUGGCAGGAAUAGAGAAAGGAAGCAUCAGGGCAACGGUUCUGAUAGAAACACUACCAGCAGUGUUUCAGAUGGAUGAAAUCCUUUAUGAGCUGAGAGACCACUCGGUUGGGCUCAACUGUGGAAGAUGGGAUUACAUAUUCAGCUACGUCAAGACCUUCCAAGCCCACCCAGAUCGUCUCUUACCAGACAGGGUUCAGGUUGGCAUGGCUCAGCACUUCAUGAAAAGUUAUGCGGGUCGCCUCAUCUGGACUUGUCAUAGGCGCGGCGUGCAUGCCAUGGGAGGCAUGGCAGCUCAAAUUCCUAUCAAAGACGACCCAGUGGCAAACGAGGCAGCAAUCGAUCUGGUGCGCAAGGACAAGCUGAGAGAGGUGAGAGCAGGGCAUGACGGAACAUGGGCAGCUCACCCGGGGCUCAUCCCAACCUGCAUCGACGUCUUCACCAAUCACUUGGGAAACUCCCCAAAUCAGAUCCAAGCCGCCAACAGACUAGACGCCGCAAACUUAACGGAAGAGGACCUGUUGCAGAGGCCCAGAGGGGUUCGCACCAUGGAAGGCCUGCGCCUCAAUACCCGGGUGGGAAUCCAGUAUUUGGCGGCCUGGCUCGGCGGAGCAGGUUCCGUCCCCCUCUACAACCUGAUGGAAGACGCAGCUACGGCCGAGAUCAGCAGAGUUCAGAACUGGCAGUGGAUCAAGUACGGAGCGGAGCUUGAUGGAGAUGGGGUCGGCGUGAGAGUGAGCAUGGAACUGUUUGGGAGAGUGGUGGAGGAAGAGAUGGCCAGGAUUCGAACAGAGGUUGGCAAGGACAAGUUCAACAGGGGAUUGUACAAGGAGGCUUGCAGCAUCUUCACCCGCCAAUGCACUGCUCCUGUUCUUGAUGAUUUUCUCACCCUCGAUGCCUAUAAUCAUAUUGUGGUGCACCAUCCUCAUCCCCAUCCCCAGGGAUUAUCCAGCAGGAUUUGAUAAUAUUCAAUUUUCAUAUCGUCAUCCUAGAAAAACACUUUCAUUCCUUCCCCACCACCCCCUGCUUCUUCGCUCUAUUCACUCCGGCUGAUCAGUUCUGUGCCUUCUAUGUUUUGAAUUAUUAAUCAUUACUGCUACUCCCCACUACUACCUUUUUUUUUUUUUUUUUUUUUUGUUGUUGCUUGAACCCACUACUACCUUUAAUUAUAAUAAAGUUGGAAAAAUAAUGAUACUCCGUUUUCAUUUUCAA